GUGUUGUUGAUCAGAACAGUUGGGGGUCAAAAGGAGGCCUGAACACAGCGGAUCGGUCGGUCUGCAGGGACGGACGGAGAACGGGUUCCUCUGAAGAACAGUGGAUUCAUUCAGGAGGAUCCAGCUGCAGCGAUCAGCAGCAUCGAAUCCUUGGAAAAUGAAGGAUUUUUCCCACCAGCCUCAGGAAGCGGACAGCAUCUGUUGGUAGCUUCCUGUUUCCGCCACCAGAUGGCGUCACCGCUGCUUUUUUAGCCAAACUGAAAUAUCGAGUCGCUGUCGACUCGUUGACUCAGCAGGAAGCUGUUAGCUUUGGUAAGGAAGCCCAGGAGGGUCAGGCAGGAUGCUGCAGCUGUGUAAAGUCACCAAGGCUCUGUUCAUCAGCAACGCCCGCUCAGCCUGCAGCGACGACCUCAUCCAGCAGGAGGCGGUGACGCUCUGCAUCAACGUGUCCAAGCAGCAGCCGUUCCCGACCAGCAGCGGCGUCACCAGGAUGCAGAUCCCCGUCUACGACGACCCCGGCGAGGAUCUGUACCGCCACUUUGACCGCUGCGCCGACGCCAUCCAGAAGGAGGCCAGCCGCGGCGGACGCAGCGUGGUCUACUGCAAGAACGGACGCAGCCGCUCGGCCACCAUCUGCAUCGCCUACCUGAUGAAGCACCGCAGGCUGACGCUGGCGGAGGCCUUCCAGAGGGUGAAAACGGCUCGGCACGUGGUGGAUCCGAACCCCGGCUUCAUGUCUCAGCUGCAGCGAUACGAGGAGGAGCUGAGGAAGAGGAGAGGAGCGUCCUGAUGAAGAUUUUCCUCUCUGCUCCGAUUCACAACCAUCAGUUUGAUUCUGAAUCUAAAAACUAAAACUUUGGGUCAGUUAGAGGAGCAACAGGAGAAAAACUCUGAAAUCAAACAACAAUCAACCAAAAAAACCAAGAGAUUAGAUUUGAGGGAGAAAAUGUUGAGGAAUAAAAACAUUAAUGACUCAUAAAUACAUAAAUAGUGUUUAUAUUCCAUAAAGUAACAUAAGUGGAAUACGUCAGAACAUGCAGGGUUUCAACUUUAGAUUUUCUUCUGCAGCAAAUCUAAAAACUAAAAAAUAAACCCAUAAAAAACAAGUUAAACAUCAAAUCUGUUAAGACUUUUAUUUAUUGAUUUUAUGAAAAAGCAUAAUUAUUGGUGAUUGAAUGAAGUUUGACAAACAAAUCAGGCAGAUUGGAUUUCAACGAGUUCAAUGAUUUAUUAUUUUAAUCUUUAUUUCAGAUUUAAAUAACAAACUUUAUUUAUGUCUCCUCUUAAAUAAAAACCAUGAACCUCAAAUAGAUUUUUUUUUGUGUUUAAAUUAUAAUAUUUUUUAGAACCAACAUAUUUUUCAAAUCUGUUUUGUUCUGUUAAGUUUUCUGGUUUCAUAUUUAAAUGUUUUUCUCAAAUUUAAUCUCUAUUUAAACUCAGAAACACAAAAAGAAAAACUGAUGAAAACAUUUUAUUAAUGAUAAUUUAGGAAAGAAAACAAAAAGACCAAAACUAGAGAUAAACAAUAAAACUUAUUAUUAUUAUAUUUGACAGAGAAACGCUCCAGGUUUCCUCCAGCUGUGAUUUUCAUAACUUUGGUUUUCAGAAUCAUCUGAAAUGAAUUUCCUGAUUAAAGUGACAUCAUCGUGAUUUAAAGGAACAGUUUGAGGAGCAAACAGUGAAAUGAUUCUGUCUAAAUAAUAAAGUCUAAAUGAUAGAUUUUAUUAUUUAGUCUAAUAAAUUCUAUCAUUUAGACUUUUGAUCUGGAUCCGUGUGUGAAAAGCCGGUUUGGAUUCAGAGGGAAGGUGAGUUAAUGAAUCAUUUCUCAACCUUUUAUACAAAACAACAGAUUAAAUUUUAUUUGUUUUAUCAAAGGGAAAUGCAAUAAUAAAUUAAAUUUCUCAAGUCUAAAUAAAAAAAGCUUCUUUGUGGAAACUGACAUCAUGAAUAUUUAACCUGAAACUUGUUUUUGUUUUUCAAACAUUUAAUCAAAAGCACAAAUUUAAAACCAGGGAACUGGAGGGAGUUUAGAGAUAAAUGUUUUGCUGAGUCAGCAUCCUGUCCAGUAUUAUAAUAAAAUGAAUAAAAGCUCAGGUCAGCAGAACUCCGUGUUUUUAAAGUGUUCUCUAGAGGAAACUUGUCAGAAGUUGUUGAAAGGUGGAUGUAGUUUAAUAAGUUGAUAUUCUCGUGAUACUUGGUGAAGUUGAAGCGUCUGUAGAUGUUGGUUCUCACCGUGAUGUUCUGCAUCUUUACUCCGCUUGAAUUCAAUCAUUUUGUCAUCAUAUCUACUUCAAACUGUGUUCAGUUCUUAGAACAUUUUAGCGUACAGUAAAAGCCUUAAGUCAGGGGUCCUGGAGGGCCGAUUGCAUCCUGCACGUUUCAGUUCUCUCUCUGGUUCUACCAACAACUUUUCAGCAUGUCAACGUUCUUCUUAGGCCUUCUAACGAGCCAUCAUUUGAUUCAGGUGUGUUAAACCAGGGAGAGAACUAAAACAUGAGGAUGUCGGCCCUCCAGGACCCACUUUGGGCCCCCCUGCCUUAAGUGAAUGUAACACCUGAAUGUGUUGCUGUCCCUUUAAGAAGCUGUAGACUCAGUUUUAUCUGGAGCAAAAUGACAGUAAAUAUAAUAAACAGUUCUGCAUUCUGAGCUGAUUGUUGUGUAAUCAUGUUGAAGUUUGUUGCUUGUCAUAAUUUCACCUCAGAUCAUCGUCAGAUAAUCUGAUGAUCGUCAAUUUAAUGUUUGUUUGGACACUAAAUGAUGUUCGGCCCCCAUGAGACUCAACUGUUGUCAGUUUGUUAUUCAUCCAAUUCAAUUCAGUUAAAGUUGAAUUAUUUCUCCCAAACAGAAGUCAGAUGUCUUUAGUGGGUCUGGCUGGACGGUUGGCUGCAGAGUAACGAGACUGUCGGCAUGAUUUAAAUAAUCUGAAACAAAGCAGCACGUU